AUGGCCCCUUCUACUCCUACACCCAGCCCUUUCACCGCCAUGAGGAACUUUGGUGGUAUGGUGUCAUCUGCUCUUUCUUUCGGCGACAGAUCUCGCCAAGUCUCCUCCCUCGGCCUCGGCACUCUCUCUCUGGGGGAGCCGUCUGGCGCUGCCCCGCCCCCUCGCUCCGCCUCUCCCUCCGCUGGUUCUCCCGUCCCCGUAACGGGUUCUCCUGGAGGGCCUCCUCCUGCCGCCACUCCUCGCCGUAGGACGCCCGCCUUUCGUCCUGGUGAGUCUCCGUCCUCCUCCGACCAGGACUCGCUCAGUGGGGGCUCGGAGUCGGGUGAUCGACCCGACACCGAAGAAAGUGAGGAUGAUGGUGAUGGGGAGGGUAGGAUCGAUAGUGAGGGUGAAAGCAAGUUAGAAGAAUACCCGGAUGAUGAUGUGGAGGUGAUUAGUGUAGAGGACAACAACGUAGAUAGUCCUGAGCCCGGUCCUGCCCCUCCCCCUGCUCAAAUUGUGGGCCAGAAACGACGCCGUUCCCUCUCUUCUUCUUCUUCUUCCUCUUCUUCUUCUUCCUCUUCUUCUUCUUCCUCUUCUUCUUCCUCUUCCGGGGUUCUCCCCCCCCCCAACGCCAUCGCCGCUGCCGCCGCUGCUGCCGCCGCCCCCGUCGCUGCUCCCCCCCCUUCUCCCAGAGGGGAGCCUUCGCCCAAACGGGUGAAGAGAUCACUGCGGGAAGAAGAGUACUUGUGGGAGAAGAUGAAGUCCGAGCCUGGUCGUUGGAUCGCGGUUGGUGUUGACGAAGCGUGUGAUCGUUGCCGACGUGAGAUUAUCACGUAUAAUCGUCCAAACUGGCCCUGCCUCAAGGCAGUCAGGCCACACAACAAGGCCCUCCGUUGUGCUUCAUGCACGUCUGGCCCCUGCUCCUUCUGUCCCGUUUCCUCUGCCCGGGACAUCCCGCCCCGUCCCUCCGACUCUUCGCCCUUCCCCCCUCCUCAGACUCCAGCGUCUGUCCCCCGUUCGCGGGUACCUCCUUCGUCUCUCCGGUCGGUUCGCCGUACUUCGCCGGACCUCCGCCCGUCGCCUCCGUCGCCGUCGCCCUUCGCUCCUGUGGCCGGCCCAUCACGUCUCCCGGCUGUUCCUCCUUCGUCUUCUUGCCGUCCUUCGGCCUCUGCUCCUUCGGCCUCCCGUCCUUCGGCCUCUCGUCCUUCGGCGCCACGUCCGUCCUCUCCAGUGGUAGCUUCUCCUCCGGCUCACAGCACCCGAAGUCGGCGUCCUUCUGUUCCUCCGGCCGCUUCGGCGGCCCCUCCCGUCACCCCUCCCUCUGCUUCCCAGAAGACACCGAAGUCUUCUUUAAAGAAAUCAAAAGGGAAAUCUAAAGAGAAGGAGGUUGCCUUCAAUGAUGGUGAUGUGGAAGGUGAAGAUACUCAGCGUGCUGGUCCCUCUGCUCCCCGGUUGUCCCUCGUCCACCCUCGUAUCUCCCUGGACGUCCGUAUUCCUGAGGACGAAAAGGAAUUCGCCACUUAUCGUUCUCUCGUCCUCGGUCUCACUACUCAGCUUGAGGCCGCCCGAAAUGAUACAUCUCUCCUGCUUGACUUCUCUUCUCGUCAAGCUAACGCUUUAAACAAUCUUACUGCGGCGUUAGUAGAUGUAGUCAACACUGGGGCUCUGGACGACGAAGCAAGGACAAGGUUAGCGGACGUCUCUCGCCGAAGCCUUACUGAGAUAGCCGAUGUUCGCCGAAGACUGUUCGACACCCCCUUCCUAGUCACUCCUAUGGCGUAUGAGCCACCACCGUCCCUUGACUGGUUAGGUCGCCGUAGUAGUUCUCGUGUCCCAGCUUCCGCCCAGACUGCUCUCGACCUCCUCGGUCUUCCCUUCGAGUGUCUACGGACCAUACGUUCUCUGUGGAGGACCCCGAGCAUGCAAGCUGCUCGAGAUGUCCAGGACUUCGGUGACUUCUUUGGGGCUAUGAAUCGGGCAUGGAAUGCUUCUCUCUCUACUGCGUUCCCGUCUGAGACUCUCGAUCUACCUUCGGUCAUCGGUAGCCUCCACACCAAUCCCGCGGGACCGAGUAGAUCGAAGGAGAAAGGAAAAGGAAAAGGUAAGGGUAAGAGUAAGGACAAGUGA